AUGUGUGGCCCAUUCAAGGGCUGUCAGGGCAUUUUGCGCCUCCUGGAAAUAAUCUUCAGUGCUUUACCUCUCAUCAUUGUCAUCUUCAGAGGCAGGAUGGUGAGUCCCUGGGGUGUCUGGUGUGAGUUUGUCUGGGUUUUCUGCAUCACUGUGCCCCUGGUCGUGAGCGUGGUGGAGUCCAAACUGUGGCACAUCCUCCUGGCUGCCUUCCUCCCCAACUGGGCUGACCUAACCUGUGGGCUGACCACCCUGUGUGCUGUGAUGAUCACCUCAGCCACAGUUAUCUUUGCAGCCGUUUUUGUCUGCCUCUCCUGCAUCGUCAACAUCUUGUGCUUCAUCUUCUCCCUGGCUGCCACAGUUGUCUUCCUGAUUGACGCUGUAAUGCAAAAAAAGUUGUUUCCAAGCGGCUACCUAUCCAGCCUGAGAGGAGGUCUCCGCACAGCAGAGGCCUUUAUGGCUUGUAUUAUUCUCACUGCCGCCACUGACCACUUUGUAAGUGGUGAAUGGGCCUUUCGCCCUUUUGGGAUGAUAUGCAGCAUCAUUGCGUUUGCUGUUUGCCUACUGGUCACAGUGGUCAUUAUAGUUCUCCAUCUGCUCAAGCUGCUGCAGUGUCUACUCUCAUUCAAUCUGAAUAUAAUGGAGCUUGUGUUCAACAUUGUGGCAGUGGUGCUGUAUCUGCUCGCUGUCAUCCUUUGGUCCACCUUUGGAUACAAACGCAAAACGUACAAUCCUUACAUCUGUGGCAAGUGUUCAUUUGUAGACAUGAAUACUGUUAACAUCGGAGCCAUUGUCAAUCUUGUCUUUUACAUUGUGGACCUGGUUUUAGCCAUUAAAUCUGGCUAG